UGCGAUUUUUACGGAAGACCAACGAGACAGCAGCGUUGAAUACUCAUUUAAAUACGCGGUGUAUCGCAUUAACAAAGACAAGAUGCUAUUGUCAAACACACAGCUAAUUUAUGAUAUUGAGUACGUGCCACGUGAUGAUUCCUUCCGUACAACAAAAAAGAUAUGUCGCCAGUUGGAGUCUGGAGUUCAAGUCAUUUUUGGUCCAACGGAUCCCUUGCUUGCUGCCCAUGUGCAAUCCAUUUGUCAAUCAUUCGAUGUGCCACAUAUCGAGACUCGCAUAGACUUUGACACAAAUUUCAAAGAGUUCUCGAUAAAUCUUUACCCAUCUAAGCGGCUUUUGAGUUUGGCACACCGUGAUUUGAUGAUUUUUUUGAACUGGACAAAAACUGCCAUUAUCUAUGAGGAUGAUUAUGGCCUCUUUAAUCAACAAGAUCUGAUGCGUUCGACGCCAGAUUUCCGCACCGAAAUGUAUAUACGCCAAGCAUCGCCUGCAAAUUAUCGGCAAGUUCUGCGCGCCGUUCGUCAAAAGGAAAUUUAUAAGAUUAUUGUAGAUACUAACCCGACAAAUAUAAAUAGAUUUUUCCGAGCGAUUCUUCAGCUCCAGAUGAAUGAUCAUCGCUAUCACUACAUGUUUACCACAUUUGUAAGUCAAUUUGUUUCUAUAUUACAAUAUUUUAAAAAGUCUAUAAGGGGAGGGGGGGAUUACUGUAAUAGUAACCAUGAAAUACAUGAUUACGAAUACCGAAAUUGUAAUCCUAAAAAUUUUAAGAUUACAAUUACACAAUCUGGCAACCACGCAAAUGAAACGAACAACGAACCGACUAGCAUAGCCGAGGGAGUAGUCAAUUGUCAGCGUUCGUCACAUGCAGAUGCUUUGUGA